AUGCUCCAACCUUUCUUCUGGGAGAGCAGAUUCUACACGAAAAAUUCUGCAAUGAAAGCAAUGCUGGAAGACGGUUCAGUGGAACGAGCCAUCGCACGACGAGAGAUUGACUGGAAACACAUUACACCUUACGCACCGUGGCAGGGUGGUUUUUACGGGAGGUUAAUACGAUCCGUCAAACACUCGCUGUACAAAGCUCUUGGAUCGCGAACCGUAUCCUGGGACGUCCUUUCCACAAUGCUUGCCGAAAUUGAGGCUGUGCUGAACUCACGACCAUUAACGUACCAGAAAGAAAACUGGGAGGACCAACCAUUGCUCCGCCCCAUUGACUUCAUCCAGAAAGACAUUUUAGUUGACUAUCCGUUGGAAUAUGUCAACGGCACAAAUGAAGAUGAGACGUACCAUACACCUGAGGAGACUCAGCUACCCCGCACACGUCACGACGCCGAAACGGCAUUGAGAUCUUCACAUGAACUCAAAGAGCGGUUCUGGAAGUUGUGGAGAACUCAGUAUCUCACUAGUCUGCGGGAACAUCACAAAGUUCACAUGGACACGAAAAGAGGCAGCACCACUAUACCUAAAGUGGGAACAGUAGUUCUGAUCUGCGACUCAACCCAACCGCGGAACACAUGGAAGAUUGGACGAAUUGUAUGUCUCCGCAGUAAUGACAGUGGAAUUACGCGAGAACUUGAAAUUGAAAUGCCCAACAAGCGAACAAUCAGACGACCAGUCAAUUUAGUUGUGCCUCUGGGACUCGCCGAUGAUGCAGUGGUGAAUUCCGCUUAA